AUGUCUGGAAGAGGUAAAGGGCUCGGAAAAGGAGGCGCUAAGCGCCAUAGGAAGGUGCUGCGGGACAACAUCCAGGGCAUCACCAAGCCUGCCAUCCGCCGCCUUGCCCGGAGAGGAGGCGUGAAGCGUAUCUCCGGCCUCAUCUACGAGGAGACCCGCGGGGUGCUGAAGGUGUUUCUGGAGAACGUGAUCCGGGACGCCGUCACCUACACCGAGCACGCCAAGAGGAAGACGGUCACCGCUAUGGAUGUGGUCUAUGCUCUCAAGCGCCAGGGCCGCACUCUGUAUGGCUUCGGAGGCUAA